AUGGUUUUUGUGGAUGCUCCUCAUGUGAUUGAUGUACCAACAGUAGGUGCAGGCGCGUUUGAAAAAUUUACUGAUGCUGAGUUGAUACCUCGAGCUUGGUGGUCAUCAAAAGAACCUGAACAGACUGGUUUGCCUCACAAAGUUUAUGAAGGUUUAGAUGGUGCUGCCUUGGCUGCAGUUCUCAGCUCUGUGCUAGAGUAUCCAAACCUACAUACAGCUUUUUCGGAUUUAAAAGAUCAAACCGAUGGUCAAAAGGCUUUUAAAGCUGUUGUUUUAGUUGCAGGUUUUAAACUUGAUCUUCCACCUGAAUGGUACGGUGUAAGACCAGACUCGGAUAAUCGAUCGGAACCACUCGUUUCAGCUUUUAUGAAUCCUCGUGUUGAAUGGCAUGAUGGAAGUCAUUUUGUGCCAUCAAAGAAAAGUUGGAGAGAUUUCUUUUGUAAUUAUGUUCAAAAACUUGAUCAAACAGAUGAAUCACUUAUACCUAGUCCUGGACAAACGGAGUUGAUAAUUCAGAAAACUUUCGGACAACACCUCUUGGCGUAUGGGGACAUUCUACAUUCGACAAAGCAACAAUGUAUCUACAAUCUUUUAGAACAGAUGACGCCGAGAACACAACACAAAUCUUGGUGA